AUGUCCGCCGACGUUCCUAAAGCGACACUCUACACCUUUGAUGGCUCGGUCUGGGCCUCGGCCCCACGUCUAGCACUGGUCGAAAAAGGCUACUCUUCCACAGACGUUGAUAUCAAGAUCGUCGACCUCAUCAAAGGCGAAAACUUUGACCCUUCGUACCUACGCAUCAACUCCAAGGGUACCGUUCCCACCCUCGUUGUGCCCUUACUCGAGACCACCUCUGCUGAAGUAGCUACCAAGUUCCGUGCGAUCAACGAUACGAAAGCCAUCCUCGAGUUCCUCGACCGAUCGCGCACUCAGAACACCGUAGGCGACGAAGCACAAGUCAAACCUGCACCGAUCCUUGCGCCUGCUACGAUCGAAGGCAAAGGUACAAGCGACGAGAUCAUCGCUUUGGUACAUGCGGCCGAGGUCGAUCCGAACUUCCUGCUUCUCGGUGCACGCAACGAAACUGAACUCGAGGCUGCCAAGGCAGGCCUUCCAGCAACCUUUGUGACGAAUCGAAACAAGGUUCUGCUCGAGCACCAAAAAUCGCUCGAAAACGACUCUGCCACCGUCGCGUUCGACGGCAGUGCCAAUCCAAAGUCUUCGGCGGUACACGAAAACCUGAAAAAGUGGUAUGCGGACAAGAUCGAGUCGCAAUCCCUCCUUACCCGUGUAUACGUCCACGCCGACGCUGACGCCGCACAGCAGCUCAUCCAGCUCACAAACGCAAGCUGGUCAGCAGUCGCCGAAACGCUCGCCAAACUCGAAGCCAAGGUGCAAACCCCUUUUGCUUUGGGCGACCAGAUCAGCCUUGCCGAUCUACACGUGAUUCCUUGGCUAGCUAGGUUGGCCGCCGUUGCAACCGGCUCGAGCGACGCAAACAGUGAUCCCAUGGAUGCAUUGAACGGCGUCGUUGGCGGAAAACUCGGCGAAAAAGUGAGAGGCUUGUGGACCGCAUUUGCUGACAGAGCUAGCUUCAAGACUGUCUACGCCGACGGUCUGCACUGA